AUGUAUCCUAAUAAGGUGCACAGCGGAGGUGACACAAAUCUUCACGAUCAACAGAAUCCUCUGAACAUCGUCAGCACCUCGAUUCAACCGCUUCCAUCGUCGAUCGCGACUACAGCAGCCCGCCAGGUGGCGCUGACCACCGUCGGCCACACGCGCAAGGACACGUGCAGCGAAGUGCGACACUUUGUGUUCGUCAAGGUGCACAAAGCAGGCAGUGACACACUAGCCGUGCUAUUUCAGAGGUUCGGUGACGAGCGCAACCUAUCGUUCGUGCUGCCCGUGCAUGAGUGGGACCUACACUGGCCGCACACGCUACGGGAACGCGACUACCUACCGCUGAAGACGAACGAGUUCAACUUGCUCACCUACCACUGCCUGUACAACCGCAGCAUCAUGCGUCGCCUCAUGCCGGCGGCAACGCGUUACGUCACCGUGCUGCGCGAGCCGUACUCGCAGUUUAAAUCGACGUUCAACUACUUCAACCUGCCGGCGAAGAUGCGCGACCGCAACAUCUCGACGCUGCCCGUCGACGAGAACUUCGGCUUGUUUCUCAGCGACCCGCAGCGCUUCCGUCGCGAGCUGAAGCUAAGCUACCUGCCCAACUUCCUCGCGUUUGACCUCGGCUACCCGCCGGAGCGCGACGGUGCUGCCGCCAACGUCACCAAGGCGUUUGAGUUCAUCGCGGAGAUCGAGCGCGACUUCACGCUCGUCAUGAUCACCGAGUAUUUCGACGAGUCGCUCGUGCUGCUGCGCCGCGCCCUCUGCUGGCCGAUACACAGCAUUCUGUACGUGUCGAAGAACGUGCGCAAGUACAACAAGGGCGUCGGCAAGCCGAACGCGAGCGAUCCUAUCGACCAGCGAAACAAGCGUCGGUACCGCGACUGGAGCCCCGUCGACUACGUGCUGUACGCGCACUUCAACGCCACCUUGUGGCGGCGAGCCGCAGCCGAGCCGCGCUUCCACGAGGAGGUCGACUACUUCCGGGAACUGCUCGCCGACGUCUCGACGUACUGUCUGCAGAAGAAGGAGCCACGACUGGCGCUGACGGUGGCUGCGAGCGAGUGGCACGAACAGUUCGACGUGGCGCCAUCUAUGUGCGCGCGUAUGAAAGAGAGCGUUCUGAAAUACAUUAAGAAACUGAAGGGUUCCUACAACGCGCUGCCAAACGUGACGACGGUGGCGCCACCUGGUGUGUCCCGCGUGGCGGCGCCUGGCGUUGCGAAAGCGGUAGGAGAAAAUGCAUUGAAAAAACAGCCACCGGUCAAGAAGAGCGGUGUGGCCGGCGGCGCAUGAUGACCGCUGGUCAACUGACCAAUUAAUGUCUGCAGAGAUACUGAUCGUCAAUAUAUAUAUAUAUAAUUAUAUAUACUAUAUAUGUGUGUGUGUAUACAUACAUAGGCCUAU